AUGCAUCGUUUGCCAAUGGAGGCUUCUUUCUGUGCUGCUCUGAUUAUGGACUGUGGUUUUGGAGAUGGGGGUGAAGGAGUCUGUAUUGUGUGUGAAGAAGGGGCGUUCAGUGCAGAUACAGGUGUCGCUCCCUGCAUCCGAUGCACCCAGUGCAACCUGCUGAACCGCCUGAAGAAAACAGCGUGCUCACCUACCAGUGACGCCCAGUGCAGCCACUGCCUCCCAGCGUAUUAUGAACUCAGGAGCAGGACAGGGGAAGUGGAGCUGUCCUGUGUGCCUUGUUACAGUCAUGACACAGUCCAUAAAGAGUGUUUGCUUUUGACGGCUCGCAGCUCUAAAGGAGAGAGUGCCGUCACUGCACCCAGGGGGAACGUCAAAGAACCUGAAGAGAAGAGAGUAAAAGAAGAAACCCUUUCAAUGGCCCUGAUUGGUUCAGCUUCAGCUUCCUCCAUCUUCCUCCUCGCUCUGCUGUUCUGGGCCGUCCUCCUGACUGCCGAGAGAUUCAAGCAGGCUCCUGUGUACUGUCCUGGGCCUGAAGGGCUUUUAUCUGUAGAUGACCUUCAGUACACACCUUCAUCCAGCCCCACAGAGAGAGCAGCAGGACAAUCAGAGGGCCCUUCACAGACACUUGUUUCAGCUCAAGACCCUCUAAGAGGCCUGAGCGCGCUGAGCCAUGAGAAUGAGGUGCAUCCUACUUCUAUUGUGAUUAAUGUCACCACCAACAUUAAGCCCUCCAGUCAGAAAGAGGAGAACGCCCCACAGGAGGAGAGGCAAAGAAGCUGCUCCUCCAUAGAGGAGAUGGAGAAAAAACUGCAGACAAUAUGGGAAGUGGCUCAAGGUCAGAGUAUCGAUAUGCUGGACUACGACUCAGUCCAGGACUUGUCCCUGCUGAUUGACUCUGCUGACAGUAGGAAUGUGCUGAGGAGAUUGGGCCGGUCUUUGGGUGUCCCACCUCAGGUGAACGCUCAUCUACAAGGCUUCCAGGACCUCUUCCAGUACCUGCGCACCUCCACCUACACGCUGCUGCCCCAGCUGGCCCAGGCUGCUGCACUCCUGCCUCAUUCUGAAGUUGUUGCUAGGAUACACAGAGCGGUGACACACAAAUGA